AUGGUUAACUUCAUCUCUUUGAGUGAGUUGAAUACUAAGAUUCAAUUCCCUGCAAUCGGUGUUAAGAUCGUUAGAAAACGGAGUACGAAAAUUGGAAGAGAUCAUCUUUCAACCAUGCUCUUAGGAGAUUCGAAAGGAGUAACAAUUGAAGGGAGCUUAAGCUAUUCUUUGUCUCUACCUAACGAGAUUGAGCUCAAAGAAGGUGAUUGGGUUGAGAUACUCAAUUUUGAGAUAAGAAGGGUUUUUCAGCUUCAUAGAACCACAAAGCACAAGUACACAAUCAAGUUCAAUGAAGCGAGUUUGUUUAGAAAGAUAGAACCAGUGAACGGUUCUAAAUUUCUAUGCUGUGCAAACUUCCGUCGUAUCAAUCGGGGUCUUUAUCAUCCUAUGUACUGCAUUG